AGCAGCAAUGACGGCGUAUAAAUGGUAUGAGGAUCCCAAGUAUUUCAAUAUUCAUAAUCACUGUAUCCCAACAUCGCCCAUAUAAAUAAGACUCGUUCGCCUCAAUAUCUCUAGCAAUAUGUUCACCUCCUUGGACAGCUUCGCAGUUUAUCUUGCUCUCAUAUCAUCUGUUCUCGGUGCUGCUAUCCCCACAACCACAGUGACCACAACGUCUACCUCAACCGCGACUUCCACAUAUUCUACAAAUCCCCAUGAUGAAGUUGCUGGUGCCCUGUGGAAGAACAAUGUUCACGAUAAGGUCUAUUCCUCUGAAGCGAGUACAGAAGCUAUUCGGCGAUCCGUCAACCUCUGGAGGGGGAUCGAGCACGAUGAGGUAGCCCCAGUUGGCCGUACACCCUCCCGGCGAUCUGGCGAGAUCUGGCACGGAUUGGAACAUCGGGGGAUUUCCGUUCUUCCUGACGUUUAAGCUAUCCCGAGUCAUCCGGAUUAUCCUAAUUCAGACUUUGAUUAUUUUUGAGCGAGGAGCUCCACGCCCUUGCUGCGUAUGCGGGUACACGGCAAGUUGGCUCCUUCGAGCCUCUGCCAUCAUUACCGAGUCCCGCAUAAUUCUUUUUUUUGGACAAGUGAUACCCUAAAAGUGUUAAUACCUGUCCUACAGCGGGACCUGGGGACGUCUCACUUUAUACCGGUCCACUCCAAUGGACGUUUGAUUACUUUUAUUAUGUUAAGUUGCGGCUAUUUGCAUUUGUACGGGUUGCAACGUUGAAAUGUAGUUGUUAUUUCGUAGAUUCCCUUACGAGAAAACUGAUUCAAUUAAAAAUGCCUGGGGUCUGGUGGCGCAGUCUUCGCGUAAUGGAGCCUUUUGCUAAUAAAUAUUCCU